GUGUGUGUUUGUCUUUUAACCACAGGAUGGAGAAUCUUUGGAGGGGAGCCUAAACUAUCUAAGACAAAAAGCUACAUAUUAAAAUGACAGAUUUGUCUGCUAAACACCACUCUGAGGAAACUUUGAAGUCUUAAAGAGACCGUUAGAAAAACACAAGACAGACUGCCAGAAGAAAGGAGUCUUUUCUCGAAAACUUUUAAGAAUUGCCAUCACUGCCACACAGAUGUGGAACCCUCAACACUUUGUCAUCAAAUAAUCAGGACGACAACACAAACCGAUCUGAUACAUUACAGCCAUUCUUUGUAGCCAUGUCCGAUCAUAAAGACAUGACACACCGCCAUCUGAAGCACAAGCUGCAGAGUCUGGGACGAAGAUUAGAUGAACUGGAAGAAGCAACCAACAAACUGCAGAAGUCUGAGGACGAGCUUCUUGACCUGCAGGACAAGGUCAUCCAGGCGGAGGGGAGCAACUCGUCACUUCUUGGUGACGUGGAGGCCCUGAGGAAGCGUCUCCUUAAGAUCCAGGGGAAAGAUGAGGAGGUACGCAAAGCUGAAGACCUGUGCCGCACAGUCAGAGAGAAACUGGAAGAGGAGGAAAGCCUUACAAAGGAGCUGAAAGCAGAGAUUGAACGUCUUCAGCGCAGGAUGGCAGAACUGGAGAAACUGGAAGAAGCAUUUGCUAAGAGCAAGUCUGACUGCAGCCAGCUCUGCCUUAGCCUCAAUGAGGAGAAGAACUUGACCAAGAAGCUCUCGUCCGAGUUGGAAACCCUCAAAGGGCGUUUGAAGGAGGUGGAAGGGUCUGAGACAAAACUGGACAGAGCGGAACAAGCUCUAGCUAUGGAGUUUGAGAAACUCAAGGGUUUCACUCAAGCCUUUGUGAGCGAGCGAAAGAGGCUGUUGGAGAAGCAGCGAGAGGAUGAGAAGCUCAUUCUAAAACUAACAGAACAACUGGACCAGCAGAAAAACCGCCUCGGCAUGUCGACAGACCCUAGUCAUGCAGAUUUCAUGAGGUCUAGAAUAGAGGAUGAGUUGUCAUCCACAAAACGGACCAGCUCAAAGAAAGACCUCAAUUACUUCAAAUUAGCUGAUGAGAACAUUGGCAUAGUCAACAAGUCUGAAAAUGAGAAGAAUAGCAGCCUUGAAGGCUCUCAAGAGGAAGACAACAAAGUGAAAGAGCUGACGCUGGAAGUAGAGAGGCUAAAGAAUCGUCUUAAACAACUAGAAAUUGUGGAGGAGGAUUUGAAGAACUCAGAGUCCAAAAAUGGUGAACUUCAUGAAAAGUUCCAGAUGGAACGAAGCCGAGCUCUUGAGCUAAGCGAUCAGGUGGAACAGCUAAGGAAGCAGCUGUGCGGAAAAGGUGGAACUGGAGGAAAAGGAAUUAGUAACCUGGAUAACCAUGGCAACGGAAGCACUAACAUUUGUCUCAACAGCUCCGCCAAGGUCCUGGAGAAUGGCAAAGCUGAGAAUGAGGAAAUCAUUACAAAGGGAGGCUUCAGACAAGAAAAGCCCAAAUAUAGAAGUGCGGCAACCGUGUCAGAACCAAGCUCCCCCAAGCACAGGAACAGGGAGCUUUCUCCUCAGCACAGGAGAGAAACCAAACUGAGGAGCAAAGAGCUCAGCCACUCUGAGGAGAGUUCUCCCAAGUCUGGGAGGAGAGCCCUCAGUCCUGCUUACAAGAGGAGGACACCCAAAACUCCAUCUGCUAUCAUUUCAUCUGAUAACGGAAUAAGAGACACAGCACGAGUUACAGAGGAGAAGACGAGAGGGGCCACUUACAGCUCUGUAAAUCCGGCUGCUAAUGAUGUUAAAAAAGCCUCCGUACUUAGUCGCUACCCUCCAGCAGCUAAUGACAAGAAGCCACUGAGGGCAGGACUCAAGCACACUGAUGGGGAUAUCAAAAAGAGCAGAGAGAAGUUUUCAAAGCUGUAUGCAGGAAGUGACAGCGAAUCAAACAACUCUGAUGUUGUGCCUGAGAGCUCCACCAACAUCAACAGUCAUUCUGCUCUUGAGAAAGAAUUGGCUUCAGCCUCUGAUCAGGAAUCUCUAAACCAGGUUCAACAAUCUGGGUCUGUGUCUGCGGCAUCCACUCUAUCCAAAGCCAAUGGAUCAUACACAGCCUACAGAUCUCACAUUUCUCCUCAGUUACCCAAUGACCAGGGGUCAGAAGGUCAUUCCUCUGCCUCUGAAACAGAAUCCACAAGCUCAAGACCCUCUGAACCAGAACCUGUAAGUGAGACUAGCACAACUGUAAGCAGUAGGACCGCAGCUUCCAGGUAUGCCAGAUACCCUCAUGUACAUGACUCGCAUUCAGAGGUCUCCUCUUCUAGGAGUUCCUUUGAUGAAGAGCUGCAAAACAGGACGCAGUUGGCCGAGGCGGGCCACCAGGGGUCAAUGCAUACUUCAUCAGCGAUUGAGAUCCAGAGAGUGUGCAGCCCACGAGAAGCUCUUAGGUCUAAAGCGGUGAUCAAACCCGCUAUUGUUGAGAUUGACAGGAAGGAAGUAAUGAUCUCCGAACCCUUGUCUUCGAAUGGCAAGCCCAAGAUCUCGACAAAGCCUAUUGUGACCACCACAAGUAAAAUGACCAGCAGUAUAACCAUCUACCCCAAUGACCCAAGCUCAUCCAGAACCAGCAGCCGCAGCAGCAGCCUGUCCAGCGAACCAGUGCCAAUCAAAGAGCGCCACACAUCUACCAGUAACAUCCUCAUUGGCCCCAGCAGUGACCACCAUGGCAGUAUUUCCAUACCAUAUGAGAUAUCCAUACCCAAGAGUGAGAUCACCUUGCGGCCAUGCCAGGAUCAGGACUCCGCAUCAGACAACCACAGCGAUUCCUCAUCAAGGUCAAAACUCCACAACUCGUCCCAGAUGGAGACCACCACCAGCCACCUGUGCUGCCAGCGCAGCAGCUUCAGCCUCCAAUCUGCAGACACCACCUCCACAGACUUUAAUGACACAGAAUCUGGGUUUGAGAGUAGCACAACCACAGUCACCAGCUGGAGAAGCCAAAGACAAAGCCAGCACUCCCAAGAAGACAGUUUACCAGACAUGAAGAAUGUGACUGUGAGGAGCACAUGGAGGAAUCGGGGCGCCACGUCUGUGGACGAGGGGGGGCGAGGACGAGGGGGAGCGAGGGCACUGACCGAUGGCGCGUCUGAGGAUGAAGCAGAGGCUGCGACAACAUGGAGGGCAUACCGUGCAACCACGUUUGACACGGAGGAGAACAUGAACAGUGAAGCGAGGGCUGGUGGGGGAGCAGCAGCACAAAAGGGAACCAAGCCGUCCCCUGCAGAGGUGUACAUGCGUAGAAUCAACAGUGGUGCUACCAACACGAAAGAAGCUGAAGAACCAGUGCUUCGCCGAAGCAGGCAGUCUCCGUCUCCCACCGUAGAAACCGGAGGCUUGGGAAGGACUCUACCCCACGCACCGGUUACAUCUCAGUCCUGGAGCCGGCCAUACACUCCACAACCACAGGACUGCGGGGCCGAUACAGCCGAUGGUCAAGAUACCAAAACAUCCUCUGCUGAGUACAAAACCAGCGGCAGGCAGCUGCAGAUGGCCAUGACCCGAGCCCCAUUCCAAGCCGCAGUCCGGCCUCUUGGAGACGACAGCUGCCCACCAGCGACCAGCAACACAUGGGGAUUUCUUAUGACCGGUUGUCCAAGUCCACAGGAGCCUCCUCCAGAGAGGAGCUGUGGUCGAGUCGAGGGCAAGGGUCAGGGGCCAGAGCUGAGGGCAGGAGUGGAGCGGGAGGCCGACCAUGGAGCCACCGUCAACCUGAACAUCAUUAGAGCAGCUGGGCCUGAGCAGGACUUCUAUAAUCAGAAGGCAGAACAGGGGACUUGGUGGUCAAGCUGUAGACACCUUCUGAGGGAAGUGGCCGGUUCACUCUGGGACCUGAGUAGGCUCUCUGUGGCACGAGGAGGGCCAGGCACCAAUCAGUCACCCAUCAGCUAAUGGCCUCAUAUGAUACCACUGUCUCCAUCAUCUGCAGCUUUUGCAACAAGAAAAGAGAGAAGCUGCUUCAGCUCUGUAGAACAAAACCACAGACCUGACCGGGAGUGUGAAAUCUGAAACUGAAACCCUGGAGAGCCAAUCCCUGUGCAGUACUGCAGAGGUCCCCUCACCAGCCCAAGUGUUUCCUCUUCUGCUUCUUGUGUUGGAUGUAUUAUAGUAUAAGCCCGAAUCUUGACAAGGGAGAGGCUGGCAUGCUGGGGAGAUCUUCCUGAGUGCCAGAGGGGUUUUUAGACAAACUGGGAGACUGCCUUCCUCUGAGAAACAUUGCAGUAACCUCAGUGUGGGGCUGGAUGGGUUGCUUUUGCUUCAGAAUUUCAUAUUUUCUUCUUACCUGUGCUGUUGUGACAGUGCUCUUGGGUCUCACGAGGCCGGAUUGUCUCGUGGAAAUCGUCACAAGCAGAUCUCCUCAUGUACGUGUGACCAAAAACAGGAAGCGAAUUACCAUUUAUGUCAGCCUUUUUUCUUUUUUUUUUUAAAUCUUCUUUUUAAAUCAUUAGUUUAGGAAGCCACACAGAUUUGUCCUUUCAGACACAUGCACGCAAACCAUGCAUGUCAAUCCACAAACGACAAGGAGGCGCAUGCAGGUUGUAACUAUAGGGUUAUUUUUAAGCCAUAUCACCACUCUGGCACACUGCGACCUGAAAUUAGAUUUAAUGAGUGCUCGAUGACGUUUGAGCAAACAUUUGCAUGUUCCUCGGUAAUAAACGAAAGGUCGUGUCUCGGCAUGCUCCGUUUUUAAAAGACAAACGUGGUUGGUUUGCUGCAUUUUAAGAAAGGCAGCAUGCAAACUGGGACCUCACAUUAGCUACUCAUUUUGGUUCUCUGUAAUUCGCUUCCUGUUCCGCAUCAUCCUUUCCUCUCAACCAUGUCAAUUCAAAAGAAUGCAGAUUGCACACGAUAAAACGCAAUGCACAUGUAGAAAAAAAAAAAACGGGGAGGCUGGUUGUAACCUCAGACUAUGAUACAGUUUCUGACGUUUUCUAAGAGCCAUAGCAAAAUGGUUUGUUUGACCUGAACAUUGGACUUUGGAUUACCAGCAAACCUGGCCUGAAAGGGUGGAUUCUUUUUCUUUUUUUUUGUCAGUGCUGUGGCAAAUAUCGAGUAGUCAGCCUGACCGGGUUGGACUGCAGAUUCGCAGUGCGAAUCGUCCCCAGAUCUUUCUUCUACAUCUUUUUUUUGUGCGUGUGUGUUAACAUCCUUAAACAUCAACUUGAGUUGGUGUGUUGGAGCAGGCGCAGCCGUUUCUGCUGUGAGAACACGUUUAGCCACUGGCCAGUAACAGAAGACGUUUUCGAUGAGGAAAACUGUGCACGUCUAAGACAUAAACCUUGCUAUCGUUUUCAAACUUUACUGUGAUGUGCUUUAAAAAAACAAAAAGAAAAGAAAAAAGACUCCUGCUGGAAUUUCGCACUGCUUCACAGGUUUGAAUAACGGCUGACGUAAACUGCAAAAGUGCAGUUUGAGCUUGCUGAGGGUUGUGUCCCAAAACGACCAAUUACUUGAUGGUUUGAUGAAAUGACCGACGCACACAAUUUCUUCUUCUUUUUUUUUAAAUCUGCUAAACUGCAAAGUAACACAAGAAUAAUCAUGGCAACAAGGUUCUGGAUCUGCUGGAAAACCUUGAAAACCUGCUCCCCAUCUGCUCCUCGUGCUUCUAUGAUGCCGUGCUUUAUUGGACCCUGCAGGGGGAUGAUCUGAUUCAGCACAUUUCUCAGUUCUCACCUGCAUUCUGCUAGCUGCUGUCUGGCUCUGGUAUUUAUAAGUCUCCAUAUAUGUGGACGAGAGGUCGGCCUGGUGGCAGGAGCUCUGCCUUUUGCAACUUUGUCACUUUACUGUUAAUGCGAGCUGGAGAUUAUAUGCAAUCGUGUCCCCCCCGGUGUUCUGUUCCUCUGCCGGUCACCCAGAUGCAGAUACAGGUCAGAGGGAAUGACUGUGUUACGAGGGUAAUUACUCCUUAGUAAGCGCUUUCUUUUUCCUUUUUUCUUUUUUUUUAUGCUUACCCUUUGCUACAAAUAUCUUCUAUAUGCUCAUCCGUGCCUUGAAUAGGAGCGGAGGGGUGGCCAAAUUUAACAAACUCUACUUUGUCCAGUGGAAGCGUUAUUGUGAAUAGACUUAUAAAGUAUUUCAGUUCUCUGUGGCAACUCCUCCCACAGAAGGUCAAAACUGUGUUCCCUCAGACUUUGUAUCUUUUUUUUUUUGCUUGUUUGUAGCCAUUCUAGAAAGUACCAUUUUAAGGAACAAACGCCACACCGCCCAAAAGGCUGUCCUUAGCAUUCGACCAUCAGAGAGGCAGGGCGCAGCGCAGCCUCAGCAAGGACGGCUAUGUGGUCACUGGAUGGCCGCCGCUGGCCUUAUGACCCAGCAGCUACUGACCAGACGUGCUGUUAAGAGCACCGGCCAGGACUGGAUGAUCAUACAGUCCGUCUGCGCUCUCUGUUAUUGCUCCUACUACCGCACUUUGCAUUUACCCAGAGGAAAUGCCAGUCUUUCAUCCUUUUAACCAAGUCCAACUUUGCUUUUAGUGUUUUGGGGGAGCCAAGUGUCUCCAUCUUUCAGCGUGUCCUUCUGUUUUUCUGCGUUUCCCCUGAAUCCACAUUUCCCAAAUGCGAAACCUUGGCCUCAGACCACAGUGAUAUGCUUUGUUGGACCAGAGAGUUGUUUUAUUGAAGGCCAGGGGCCUGUCACCAGAUCUUGAUGGGCAGGUCCCCGAGUAGCCGAAAGGUCAGGGGUCAGGGCUCCGUCUAAUCCUGUCUCUACAUCUUGACUCAGGGCUUCUAAAUGCAGGCGAGAGGAAGACGGACAGCUUGGCAGAGAUGUCUACUUAGUGGUUAAUUAAAACUUACAAGAGUAUCGAAUGUCCAGCUCUGCCUGUGAUCGUGUUGGCCGCACGUGGACCUAUCUCUGUGUGCAUGGUGUUGUCACUGUUCUCGUUUUAGGCUCAGCAUGUCGUUUUGGAAGCUUCUGCAGAUCCCAGAGGGGGAAGCAGGUUAACAGUAAGUGUCAGUUCAGAGCUUAAAGCCGGUUUUCUGUUGCCCUGCCGUCGCCGAGGGGCAGAGUUACCGUAGGGAGGCACUAGGUGAUGCAAGCCCCUCCGUCCCAUCAACCGUCAGCUGUUUCCCUCCAUCUGACAUGUGAUACUCGAUUAGGCGGACGGUGCGCUAACAGCUCCAGAGCCUCAGCUCUCCAUUGAAUCCUGUAUUUGUUUCUCGAGCAUUGAACUUCCCCCAGUUCCCUGACAAAGGGCAGAGGGCUCAGGAAGAGCCCACCUGUCGGAAACUGUAGAUUUUACGACCGGUCGGAGGGUGUCCCUCCGUGAUACGGGGGUUCAGAGCAGGCGGGGCUUGUUAAAGGCCAAAGUUGAAACUCCAUCUCCUGUUAUGCACGGAGCCUUUCUUCCUUACAAGGCCCUCAUGGACAGUAACCGGGCUUCCCCUGCGCUGCGUCCACCACAUCCAGUGAGAGCCGCGAGACUGGGUGAGCAGCACCAGCUCUGACUCCCACCUGCGUUUUGGUUAAAAAAAAAAAAAAAGCCCACUGCUCUGGUGUUUGUGGAUUGUGUAGCGGUGUGAAGGAGCAUCUGUGUUCUGAGUUCCACAGGUUCCUGGCACAGGAACAGUUGGUAGAAUGGGUUACGAGGAGAGAAGAUUGGAGAGGAAACGGGUCGCUCAUGUGUUCCUGUCAUCCAGUGAGAGCCAGAGAAAGUUGACAGAAAUCCUCUGAGGUGAUGGUGUUGAUGUAAAAAAAAAAUCUGUUAUUUACAGGCCAUGCCCCCCCCCACAGCCUUUUAUUGAGUAGACUAGAAUGUACUUAGUGCAGAUUGGAGUGGCGAGGCAGAAAUGGCUUCUGGAUGGCGAGCUGGAGCUUUUUAGUCAAA